UUGACUAGCAUAAUCUGUGUUCUGAAUCAAAAACUUGGACCUAAAUACUAUGAAAGAUCUAGCUUUGGAUCUGACACUGGUUACUGCUACGCUGAUAAUCAAUCGAGGAUUUUACUCGUUUUUGUUUUAGCAAAUGGAGUGCAGGAGCCAAUUGGUAUUCAAGAGUCGAGAGCUAUAGCGCAUAAUGUUGAUCUUCUACUGGGAGAUCCAUCUGGAUUGGCCUUCUUCAUUCACUACUUGGAAUCUUGUGAGCAAUUGAAUCUCAUAAAGUUCUGGAUACACGUCGAAGGAUAUAAGGCGUCAUUUGGGGAGAAGCGAACUGUUUCAUCACAAAAAGCAGAAGAAUCACUCGCUCUUCUUGAUGCGAGGAAUAUCUACAACAAGUAUAUUGACGAGGAAUCAGUAAGCAGCAUAUCAUUCCCAAGGAAAAUCUUGAAGAAGGUGUUUGACAAACUAUCAGAGCAGCAGAUUUCUUCGGAUAUUUUCGAUGAAGCUAGGGAUUAUGUUCAUGAUUUGUUCGAUUCUCGCUAUUUCAAACAAUUUGAAGAAAGCCUCUUCUACAAAAAGUAUCAGCUUCAAGUUUUAUCCCGCCAUUGUGGCUUGGACGAUGUGCUCCACGUGCCGUCAUUGCUAAAUGCUUUUUUAGAGUUUGUUGAUAAUCGCGGCGAUCACAACUGUCUUCAAUUCCUCAUUGCUUGCCAUACGUUCGAAACAAACUACAGGUUCCUGUCGGACAAGGAGGCUCUUGACGAUGCAAUGAGUAUAUAUGACAAGUACAUUUCAAUGCAGGCUAUUAGCCCGCUUAAAAUUGACGAUAUGGUCCGGAGAACAAUGGAGUCUGAGAUUUGCACAGUCAGUGGUCGCCCUUCCCAAAUGUCGUUUUACUCGGCUAAACGAGUUUGCGCUCUCAGAAUUCGUGAAAGGUAUCUCAGAAGAUUCGUGCGAUCGCCUGGUUACCAUAACUACUUAAUCGAAUUGGAAGCUGAUGUUCAUAACACGGUUAGUGGCAUUUAUUUCCAAUGUCGAUAUAGUGCAACAAAUGACGAACAAAGUGGUUACUACCCCAAUGAUGCUGAGAGAUUUAAUUACGAUUUUUGCAGGAAUUUAGCAGAAGUGGAUUGUAUGGGUCGCUAUCACGUUCUCUAUGAUGAUUCUCUCGCUGUAGAUAAAGAUAGGGGUCCAUCAAGGAUUCGGCAAAAGUUGCGAAAGUAUCUAGAUAAAGCUACACUUAAAGAGGAAGAGGUAGCUCUCGAGGUAGCUCGUACGAUUAUUGCAGACGUACAAAAUAUGGUGGAAGCAGGAAGAAAAUGA